AUGAUGUUCGCACCUGCGGGGUUCUCUAUGCUACCGGAGAAAAAACAACAAUCUAAGGGUUUUUUCCUUGAUAUUUAUGAAGAUCCAUUUAAAUGGUCUUUAGUUAAGAGCGUUGGCCUCUACGGCUUUGGCAUUCUUGGCUUCUUCGUAAUUAACGCUGGUAUGAACGCCCCACCGGAACUCCUGUGUAUUCAGCCAUCCCGUUUGUCUGGGUCAAUUCAACGUUUGCUUUCAUUGAAUAAAGUUGGAGUAACAGUGUGUGACGGUCGAAUUGUCCGUGCCAAAGUGGAUGAGGAGACAUCUAACGCCGAAUCAGACACUGCUGAUUCCUCUGACCCUGUUUUUCCUGGCACUUCAACCUUUCUUAAAGGUACACAGAGUGCUAAUCCUCACAAUGACUACUGUCAGCAUUUUGUAGAUACUGGUAAACGACCACAGAAUUUCAUUCGAGAUACCGGACUGAGACAUCGCUUUGAAGAAUAUCCCAAGUUGCGAGAGCUGAUUCGACUCAAAGACGAACUCAUACAGUCCCGUGUUACUCCACCGAUGUACCUCCGGACUGAUUUGCAUACCUUCAAUCUCCUUGAUCUCAACUCCGUCUUUGAUGUUAUCCUUGUGGAACCGCCACUAGAUCGGUCUUGGUCUUGGGAGGAGAUCGAGAUGUUGGAAAUCGAAAAGAUCGCAGCGCCGCGCUCUUUCAUUUGGAUUUGGUGUGGUAGUGGCGAGGGACUAGAUGGAGCCAGGAAAUGUCUCAAAAAGUGGGGUUUUCGAAGAUGCGAGGACAUUUGUUGGAUUAAAACAAAUAAAAAUCGACCAGGUCACGACCAAUUGGAACCAGGUGCAGUUCUUCAACGUACCAAAGAACACUGCCUAAUGGGAAUUCAUGGAACUGUUCGACGGUCAGUUGAUGGAGAUUUCAUUCACGCAAAUCUAGAUAUCGAUUUAAUCAUUAGCGAAGAUCCUAAAUCCACUGGUCUUACGUAUGGAGGGAGGGAUAAACCAACAGAAAUAUUCCACAUUAUUGAACAUUUUUGUUUGGGUAGACGCCGACUCCAUUUGUUUGGGCGUGAUAGCACUCUCAGAGCUGGAUGGUUAACCGUUGGCAGUGAACUCUCAGCUAGCAAUUUCGACGCACAAGUCUACUCGGGGUACUUUACGCGGGAACCGAAUGGACAUUUGGUGGGGAGUACGGAGGAAAUCGAGCGUUUGAGACCCAAAUCACCACCUUCAUCGCAUUCACUUCAGGCAGGUGCAGGGACACAAAAUUCCUCUCUGCCUUCUUCUUCGGCUCCUUUAAUUAGACAGGGAAGGGAAGGUAUAACGCCCUCACUUCUGGGUAAACCAAUUCCUGGUGGAAGAAUGAACCAAUCUCAUCACCAGAACAGGAUUGAUCAGAGAUCUCUAUUGAAUUUAGUAUCAUUAAUAGCUCAGAACAAUCUCCCCAACCAACAACACCAAAUGAACCCCUUACUAUCGUCGCUCGGUAAAACAACGCGAACUUCUGAUUCUCUUGGAUCGGAUUUACCUCUACAAACAUCUUAUCUGCUCCAACACACUUCACAGGGUAUUAAUCUCCCUCUUUCGGGCCAAUUCAACAACCUACAAAUCAACCCAAGCUGCUUCGGUACAAAUGAAAGGAUACAGGCACUGGCGUUACAAAUGUUUGCUGCUGCAAAUCAAAACACCUCAACCACUCCCACAAACUCUUCUAUUUUUAAAUAA